AUGUCGAAUAUGAUGCACCUGACUGUGAUAAGCAUUUUGUACUUGCCCGUUUUACUCUUCGAGGCGUUUGUUUUGUCCAAGGGGAAGUAUGAGAAGUCGGUGGUGCCCAGCUCGGCCUCCCGCCUGGUGGCCCGCAUGGACGGGGAUAUUAUAAUCGGGGCCCUGUUUUCCGUCCACCACCAGCCGUCGGCCGAGAAGGUGGCGGAGAGGAAAUGCGGAGAGGUCCGCGAGCAGUACGGCAUCCAGAGAGUGGAGGCCAUGUUCCACACCUUGGAUCGGAUUAACUCUGACCCCAACCUGCUCCCCAACAUCACCCUGGGCUGCGAGAUCAGGGACUCGUGCUGGCACUCGUCGGUGGCUCUGGAGCAGAGCAUCGAGUUCAUACGGGACUCCCUCAUCUCCAUCCGGGACGAUACGGACGGCGCCAAGUGGUGCAUUGAAGGGGCGCCGUCCAGCCAGCCGCCGUCCAGCAAGAAGCCCAUCGUGGGAGUGAUCGGGCCCGGCUCCAGCUCUGUCGCAAUUCAAGUUCAAAACCUUCUCCAGCUGUUCAACAUCCCCCAGAUUGCCUAUUCUGCAACCAGCAUCGACCUCAGCGACAAGACCUUGUUCAAGUAUUUCCUCAGAGUGGUGCCCUCAGACACUCUGCAAGCCCGAGCCAUGUUGGACAUCGUCAAGAGAUACAACUGGACCUAUGUGUCUGCGGUUCACACGGAGGGUAACUACGGGGAGAGUGGGAUGGAGGUGUUCAAGGAGCUGGCUUCACAGGACGGCCUCUGCAUCGCUCACUCUGACAAGAUCUACAGCAACGCCGGCGAGAAGCACUUCGACAGGCUGCUGAGGAAGCUGCGGGAGCGUCUGCCAAAGGCCCGAGUGGUUGUCUGCUUCUGUGAAGGCAUGACGGUCCGAGGGCUGCUCAUGGCCAUGAGGCGGCUCGGCCUAUCCGGGGAGCUGCUCCUAAUUGGCAGUGACGGCUGGGCCGACCGGGUGGAGGUGGUGGAGGGCUACGAACACGAGGCCGUGGGCGGCAUCACCGUCAAGCUGCACUCUGAGGAGGUGUCCUCCUUCGACGACUACUUCCUGAGACUCAAGCUCAGCACCAACGCCCGCAACCCGUGGUUCCCCGAGUUCUGGCAGUACCGCUUCCAGUGCCGGCUCCCCGGACACCCGCUGGAGAACCUGAACUACGCACAGAACUGCUCAGGUUAUGAAAGUCUGGAGGACAACUAUGUUCAGGACAGCAAGAUGGGCUUUGUGAUCAAUGCCAUCAACGCCAUGGCCCACGGCCUGCACGACAUGCACUCCUACUUCUGCCCCGGCCGCGCGGGGCUCUGCGACGCCAUGACGCCCGUCGACGGGAGCCACCUGCUGGACUUCAUCAUCAAGACGUCUUUCAUGGGCGUGUCUGGGGAAGACAUCCGCUUUGACGAGAACGGCGACUCGCCUGGAAGGUAUGAAAUUAUGAACUUCCAGCGCGUGGAGCCGGGCGUUUACGACUACAUCAACAUCGGCUCGUGGCACGAGGGUUUACUCAGCAUCGACGAUGAGAUGAUCCAGAUCAACAGCAGCGACAUCGUGCGCUCGGUCUGCAGUGAGCCGUGCUCCAAAGGAGAGAUCAAGGUGAUAAGGAAGGGAGAGGUGAGCUGCUGCUGGAUCUGUACGGCCUGUAAAGAGAAUGAGGUCGUCCAGGAUGAGUUCACGUGCAAGGCCUGUGAUCUGGGCUGGUGGCCCGACGACGAACUGGAAGGCUGCGAGCCGAUCCCGCUGCGCUACCUGGAGUGGAGCAACCCGGAGUCCAUCAUCCAGGUGGUGUUCUCCGUCCUGGGCAUCCUGGUGACGUCCUUCGUCACCUUCAUCUUCGUGCUGUACCGCGACACGCCGGUGGUCAAGUCGUCCAGCCGGGAGCUGUGCUACAUCAUCCUGGCGGGGAUCUUCCUGGGCUACCUGUGCCCCUUCACGCUCAUCACCCGGCCCACGGUGGCGUCCUGCUACCUGCAGCGGCUGCUCGUCGGCCUGUCGGCCGCCAUGUGCUACUCCGCCCUGGUGACCAAAACCAACCGCAUCGCGCGCAUCCUGGCGGGCAGCAAGAAGAAGAUCUGCACCCGCAAGCCCCGCUUCAUGAGCGCCUGGGCCCAGGUCGUCAUCGCCUCCGUCCUGAUCGGCGCCCAGCUGACGCUGGAGGUGACGCUCAUCGUCAUGGAGCCCCCCGAGCCCGUCAAGUCCUACCCCAGCGUCCGGGAGGUGUUCCUGAUCUGCAACACCAGCAACGUGGGCGUGGUGGCGCCGCUGGGCUACAACGGCCUGCUCAUCAUGAGCUGCACCUACUACGCCUUCAAGACGCGCAACGUGCCCGCCAACUUCAACGAGGCCAAGUACAUCGCCUUCACCAUGUACACCACCUGCAUCAUCUGGCUGGCGUUCGUGCCCAUCUACUUCGGCAGCAACUACAAGAUCAUCACCACGUCCUUCUCCGUGAGCCUCAGCGUCACCGUGGCGCUGGGCUGCAUGUUCACGCCCAAGAUGUACAUCAUCCUGGCCAAGCCGGAGCGCAACGUGCGCAGCGCCUUCACCACCUCGGACGCCGUGCGCAUGCACGUCGGCGACGGCAAGAUCGCCUGCCGCAGCAACAGCCUGCUCAACAUGUUCAAGAGGAAGAAGAACGCUGGAAACGGCAGUUCUAACGGAAAGUCUGUGUCAUGGUCUGAACCAGGUGCAAGACAUCCUCCAAAAGGGGAUCACAUGUGGCACAGACUGUCAGUGCAUGUGAAGAGACAGGAAGCAGGUUCCAAUCAGCUGGCCGUCAUCAAACCCUUAACUAACACCUACCAGAACGCUGGCCGGGACUUCUCCAGCCUCAGCACCAAGACUCUGUACAACGUGGCUGAGGAGGACGAGAGUGACCCGGUCAGCUACGGCUCCCCCGCUGCCACCCCCCCCAUGAUGGCCCACGGGCAGAUCGCUGCCGCUGGGAUGAUGAGAAAAGGUGCGGCGUUGGGGGAGGAGGUGGAGCUCUACUCCCCCCACCAGCCCCUGCAGCACAACAGCAUCAUCCCUCAUCGCGUCGCCGUGGGCAACCUCCCGGGGGGCGUGGCUCCGGGCCCCGAGCUGCGGGCCGUGAUGAGCAGUGGCGUCCCGGUUUACCACCAAGCCCACCUCAUCCAGCAGGACCCGCUCUUGCCCGCCCAGUUCCACCAGGAGCCCCGCUCCCCUUUAGAGGAGGACGAGGAGGAGGAGAGCGAGCGCUUCGGCCUCCUCCACGGAUACAUGUACAACAACGCCCAGAUCCAUGAAGACGAGGACUUGGUGGAGGUGAAGUUAGCCAUGGAGGACUCUCUGGCACUGAUGCCUCCCUCCCCCUUCCGCGACCGCGGCGGCGCCCCGGCGAGCCCCAACUCGCCGGUGUCCGAGUCCGUUCUGUGCACGCCUCCGAACGUGACGUACGCCGCCGUCAUCCUCAGAGACUACAAGCAAAGCUCCUCCACGCUGUGA